AUGAUGGAUCAAGAAGGCCAAUCUCGCGGUCUUUUGGCCCCUACAGUCGAGUAUCUAUCUUCUGUCAAAGUCUUCCCAUUGAUUCCUCACCUGAAGGCAUGUCUUUUUCGGGAUGUAACUGUGUGUCGGACCUCCGGUGCUUCUUCCGCUACUUAUGUCCGAGAAUUCGCAGACAGUACAUUGAGUUGGGAGCAGCUAACCGCAUCUGACAUCAACUUCUCUAUUGUUCGACCUCUCGUUCAAAAGUACGCGAGGCUUGAGAAUCUCUCCGUGGUCUAUGCUUGUCUUGUUGUCCGAUCGUACUUCUUGGGUGCUUCUGAGGACGAUCUAGCCUAUUCCAGUGUCAUGCUUACGCGAGCAAAUCUCUGCGAAAUCAUGGCCAUGAAGCUUCUCAACGGCUUUGCUGGAAAUCAUAUCCAAUUGGUCGCUGCGCUUACUACAAGUUGGAACCCGCUUGCUGGAGCCAUGCCCGAUAUAAUCGAAGACGUCUCUCAGGCCCUUGGAGAUGAAGACGUCAUGAACAGCCCCCAAAGCGCACUUGAGAUGGCUAUCGCAACUCAAGCAAAACACCUAUUAUCCACGCCAGUCGCGCAGAGGGUUGUAAAUGAUAUAUACUCCGGUCGCGUCGUAUUUUCCACUGUAGCAAACCGCUCAGUGCUUGCUGACAACUAUAAGCCUCGGCCGAUAGAGAUAUACGACACCCGCACGUCUCCUUUCCUUGAUCAUUACAGGCUGCGUGUCCCGCGAUACGGUGCAAUCCUCGAAUUCAUGAAUUUCGGUGUCCUCUUGGUGACCUUUGUGCUAUGUUUAUUUCACCAAGACCCUAAUAAGAUGAAUGCAUGGGAAGCAACAUUCAUUCUAUUCGCGUCGUCCUUCGCACUUCAGGAAUGGACAGCUUCCACCGAACAUGGAUGGAUCAUUUACAUCGCAAACAUGUGGAAUGUCUUCGACACAUCUUUCAUCCUUGUAUUCAUUAGCUAUCUGGGGUUUCGCAUUCACGGGCUUGCGCACAAUAACGUUGAAGAUUCUAUGACUGCGUUUGACUUGCUUGCCUGUGGGGCUUGUAUCCUAUUUCCGCGCCUCGCCUUUUUCGCUGUCUCCAAUAAUGUUGUCAUUCUCGCCCUACGCGCGAUGAUCGCAGAAUUCGUAUUCUUCAUGGGCAUGGCGGCUAUCUGUUUCUCGGGGCUGUUGUUCACUUUAUGGACAUUGGCCUCCGGCUCAGAUUCCGGGUGGACGCUCAAAGGCAUUGCAUGGCUGAUGGUGCAGAUAUGGUUUGGGAAUACGUACCUUAGCUUUGGCCAAGCAUCAAGUUUCCACCCUCUCUUUGGGCCCAUCUUGAUGACGGGCUUUGCUGCCUUGUCGAAUACACUCCUUUUGACAAUCCUGAUCUCCAUCUUGUCAAAUACGUUCGCUAGAAUUGACGCUUACUUGUUUCAAUUCGCCAUAGCCACCAUCGAAGGUGUCAAAUCGGAUGCGCUGUUCUCAUACCAACCACCCUUCAAUAUUCUCGCGUUUAUAAUACUCAAACCUGCCAGCUUCGUUCUAACGCCCCGCGCGCUGCACUCCUUAAACGUUCUCCUCAUUAAGCUCACCACCUUCCCGAUCCUUAUUCUAAUCGCCGUAUACGAGCGAUACCUCGCCGCAGGCCAAAAGCUCCGCGAAUCAGGCCUCGAUGCGGCCCACAGCCUCUUCAACAGCCUCCCUCGCCAGAUCAAGACUAUGCCCAUCGUAGAGGCGCUCGUGGGAUCUUCGUCGAAUGACUUGUACGAUGCUAUCUUUGACCUCGAUAUCCCGCAGCAAGAGUUCAACGAUCUCUUUGACGGUGAAGACGACGAGGACGAGCUGCCUGCGUUAAGGUCGACGGCAUCUAGAGAUAAUGUACGGCCACCGCGGAGUGGGCCGACAACGCCGAGAAAGCGACCUACCAGUCUGCCGAGAUCCCCUCUGCGGGAUAGAUCGUCGCCUCAUGCGUCACCCAGACCUCGAGUUGCGAGCACUCUGGCACCCAUAAAUCUGGAAGCGGCACACUUAGCAGACGCCCCUACUGAGAGGAGCCCGCUCGCCCGUCUAUUCGCCCCUAAAAUACAUACGGAUAGUUCGACUGCGGUGCAUAUUGAAGCGACUCUGAAGAAGAUGGAGAGUGUGGUCGAAGACAUGCGGGGGCUCCCCGUUCAAAAGCUGAAGGAUGAGAUGAAGGAGUUGCAGGAUCGCCAAGCUCGCAUCGAGAAUUUGCUACUCAUGCUCACGAGAGGAAUGCGAAACGAAUUAGGACAUCGAGAUACGCUAUAA